AUGACAUCCGAGUCCUCGAGCGCAGCGACCCCCGCGAAACACGCUGAUUCUUUCUCUCGGCCGCCAGUUACCAAGGUCAACGCGUUGUCACGACUCAAAACCUUUACCGGAACCAUUGUCUCACGCAAGGACAAGGGCCCACCAAUCGUCUUUCCCCCGCCGUCGUGGGACCUCGAUGAUCAGACCAUUUAUGAAAGCUUAUGGUCUAGGAAGGGCAAUAAGAAAGUCGCUCAAACGUCGAAAGCUCCUGCGAGCAGUAAUAGUGUUGAAGAAAGUGAGGAACAUCCAGAACCUAUGACGUUCGCGAAGAAAAUACGAGGGAUGAUUGAGCUGCUGCCAGUCCCAAGUGCAUUGACAUCUACAUGGUCGAAUGCACCUGCGGCUGCUUCCGAGUUUACUCCUGCAGAUGAGGGUAUGACAGGCUCUCCCGUACCACCUGGUAUGGAUGAAGGAAUGGUCAAGAUGUUAUCGUCGGAGGACUUGAUGAACGGGACGAGGAGCAACAAGAAAGGAGUAGAAAGGCAAAGUGUUUGGGAUACCCUAGCGGGUAUAAACCAUGAUGUGCACGACCAGGGAAGUUCACAACGGCCUACACCUUCCAAGGUCGAGGAGCAGGAGGAUGGCGUUAUGAUGUAUGUUCCACUUGAACCGAAUGAAGGGUCGGAGGUUGAGCUGGCUGAGACGGAGUCCGUGCUUGAACAUGACAAGGCGCCGUCUCAUGAGUCUGCGUCGAAAAAUGGAAUUACCGCUGAGGAGCCAAAGCCAGCGCGCACCGAUAUCGCAGUUGAGAAGAAAGUUUGGGUACCAUCAACCACGCAGAUCUCUGUCUUCACGACUUGGUGGGGAUACAGACUUUAUCUUCCUCCGCCCGUUAUGGAGAAACUUGGUUCGCAUUCCCUCAAGGCGACUGCACGAGCUGCCAUGAUAACAAGCGCGCUGAAAUGGCUUAUCGGAAAAAUUCCCAUGAUGUUCGUCCCAGUCCAGUUUAAACCAGCCGUGGCACUUUUGAAGAGAUUGAGUCCUGUGGUUGGGUAUGUUGGCAUUUUCAUCGCGUGGACUUGGGAUAGAGUACGUGCUUGCGACGAAGGGAACGGAGUGGUUUUAAGCGCUACUUGGCUCCUUCCAGUCGCCCUGCUGCCAAUGGCUUGGGAUGCAGGACAUAUAUACGGUCCAUCGUUGCCAAAGCCUGUAGACGCAGAAAAGGAAGUGUCGAAGCAGUCGAAGAAAGACAACCCUCCUCAGAAGAAGAGAAGAUCAUAUUUUCUAUGGUAG